GUUUAGACCCAAGUCAGACUCAACUUUACAACACUGACGCGGCUGGGAUUUGCAAUGUGCGCUGUCACUCGUUUUUUUAUGGAAAAAUCUGAAAAACUUUCGAGGGUAAAUCUGUGCAGUAAUUUGACUUUAGCCAGGUAAAGGUUCAACUUUUUCUUUGUGUUUCUUUUUUUUGUGUGUAAAAGUUACAGAUACAGUUGAGUAGAUAUGCGCGUUGUUAUAUUUUACAGUGUGUUCUCCCGAAACAUCAGAAAGAAGUGUACAGUUGGUGGUGACUGCGAUAGCUAACCCUGCUGCUGGGAGAACAUAACUUCAUCAGAUUUACUUUUGGACUCACUUUGAUUUAACUUUCGAUGAUCGAGGUUUCGAGUUUCGCUCUCCGAAAAACGUGAUUUUUUUUGUCUCUUUGGGUUGAGUCUUUUUAAACAUAUUUUUUUCCUCGGGUAAAUAGUUUUUUUGGAUAUUUUUUGUUGGAAUAAACAUGGAUCCGAGCCAGCACAACCCCCCGGCCGGUCACCAGAUAAUCCACGUCCGUGGAGACUCCGAGACGGACCUGGAGGCCCUUUUCAACGCUGUUAUGAACCCGAAAAAUACCAUCGUCCCCCCCUCCGUCCCUAUGAGGAUGAGAAAGCUUCCAGAUUCCUUCUUCAAACCGCCAGAGCCAAAGUCCCACUCCAGACAAACCAGCACAGACGCAGGUACAGCCGGUGCAAUCGCCCCCCACCACGUGCGUGCCCACUCGUCCCCUGCCUCCCUACAGCUAGGGGCAGUGUCUCCCCUGUUGGGCAUGGUCCCUGCUGGCGCUCCCCCAUCGCACCUCCGACAGUCGUCUUAUGAGAUCCCAGAGGACAUGCCCCUGCCCCCGGGCUGGGAGAUGGCCAAGACCCCCUCUGGACAAAGAUACUUCCUCAACCAUCUGGACCAGUCGACCACCUGGCUGGACCCUCGUAAGGCCCUCCUACAGAUGAACCAGGCCCCUCCCACCAGCCCUGUACCAGUCCAGCAACAGAACAUCAUGAGCCCCGCUAGUGGUCCUCUCCCUGACUGCUGGGAACAGGCCGUAACCUCAGAGGGAGAGGUCUACUACAUCAACCACAAGAACAAAACCACCUCUUGGCUCGACCCGCGCCUCGACCCGCGCCUCGACCCGCGACUUGACCCACGCUACGGCCUGAACCAGCAGCGUAUCACCCAGAGUGGUCCAAGCAAGCAGGGGGGCCAACUGCCCUCCAGUCCCGAGAGCAGAGGAGUCAUGGGAGGCAGCAACCAGAUGAGGCUCCAGCAGCUGCAGAUGGAGAAGGAGAGGUUGAGACUUAAACACCAGGAGCUGCUCCGCACCAGACCACAGGAGCUGGCUUUGAGGACCCAACUACCUGUCAGUAUGGAGCAGGACGGGGGGACUCCCAACCCUGUGUCGUCCCCUGGGAUGGGCCAGGAUGCCAGAACCAUGACAACCAACAGCUCUGACCCAUUCCUCAACAGUGGGACCUACCACUCCAGGGAUGAGAGCACGGACAGCGGUCUGAGUAUGAGCAGCUACAGUGUCCCCCGAACCCCCGACGACUUCCUCAACAGUGUGGACGAGAUGGACACUGGGGACGCCCUGCCGGUCUCCAUGGGGACGCAGCCCAGCCGUUUCCCUGACUACCUGGACACCAUCCCGGGGACGGACGUGGACCUGGGCACGCUGGAGAGUGACAACAUGGCCAUGGAGGGGGAGGAGCUUAUGCCUAGUCUCCAGGAAGCCCUUAGCUCCGACAUCCUGAACGAUAUGGAGUCAGUCCUGGCCGCCACAAAGAUCGACAAGGAGAGCUUCCUAACAUGGUUAUAACAUGGUUAUAACAUGGUUAUAACAUGGUUAUAACAUGGUUAUAACACAUUUAUAGAACACGCUGGACCCUUAUAUGGUAUACAGUGGGGGUUCCCAAACUUUUGUUUUCUCUGUGUCCCAUCUGAGGUGGGUGUUGUGACCCCCCAUCGGACUUGCACAGUGGAACUGCAUAUUCUGACCUACUGGUAUAUAGGAGAGAGGAGAGGAGAGGAGAGGAGAGGAGAGGAGAGGAGAGGAGAGGAGAGGAGAGGAGAGGAGAGGAGAGAGAGGAGAGGAGAGGAGAGGAGAGGAGAGGAGAGGAGAGGAGAGGAGAGGAGAGGAGAGGAGAGGAGCCUGGGAAGGGAUGAUGGGUUACAGGAAGAGAGACAUUCCAUCCUCUCCUCACUAAGUCUACACUCUGAACUGCUACCUAGUCAAACUACAUGAUUUGAUACAACAAAGACAUUCAACCAACGUAUGAUAUCUGUCGUCGGUCAGCAUACACAAUGAUACUGACAUCUUUUUUCGGCAGUGCUAUUCUCUUGUUUCUAUGUCUUUAUUUUAGUUGUCUGUGUCUUCAAGGCUGGCCUAUGAACAGACCAUUUAUUCAACGGUCCCCAAAUCUCUUCACACGGCUUGCCUUGUCCUUCAUCUAGGUCUCUUUACCUGGCGCGGGAGAGCUGCUCAUUUGUCUACCCAACCAUCACAUCAAGGGAGUCUUUACCUGCUGGCCGGCCGGCUGGCACUAGGCAAGGGGCUUGGUCCUCUCCUUCUCCCCUAACCCCCACUACCCCCAUACUGUAUCUGAGCUGGACAGUCCUCUCCUUCUCCCCUAACCCCCACUACCCCCAUACUGUAUCUGAGCUGGACAGUCCUCUCCUUCUCCCCUAACCCCCACUACCCCCAUACUGUAUCUGAGCUGGACAGUCCUCUCCUUCUCUCCUAACCCCCACUACCCCCAUACUGUAUCUGUGCUGGACAGUCCUCUCCUUCUCCCCUAACCCCCACUACCCCCAUACUGUAUCUGAGCUGGACAGUCCUCUCCUUCUCCCCUAACCCCCACUACCCCCAUACUGUAUCUGAGCUGGACAGUCCUCUCCUUCUCUCCUAACCCCCACUACCCCCAUACUGUAUCUGAGCUGGACAGUCCUCUCCUUCUCCCCUAACCCCCACUACCCCCAUACUGUAUCUGAGCUGGACAGUCCUCUCCUUCUCUCCUAACCCCCACUACCCCCAUACUGUAUCUGUGCUGGACAGUCCUCUCCUUCUCUCCUAACCCCCACUACCCCCAUACUGUAUCUGAGCUGGACAGUCCUCUCCUUCUCUCCUAACCCCCACUACCCCCAUACUGUAUCUGAGCUGGACAGUCCUCUCCUUCUCUCCUAACCCCCACUACCCCCAUACUGUAUCUGUGCUGGACAGACUGACGAACGGACAGAGACAGAAAGACAGAGACGGACGGACAGUAAGACAUCCACAACCAGCUGUGACCACCCGGAGUUUCUUGUUCUGGUGCCUCAACAGCAAAAUGUCAAAAUCAAGCAUUUUGACCUGCAAAUCACAACACAACUCUGGAGAGACUGUCUAGUCCACAACACAACUCUGGAGAGACUGUCUAGUCCACAACACAACUCUGGAGAGACUGUCUAGUCCACAACACAACUCUGGAGAGACUGUCUAGUCCACAACACAACUCUGGAGAGACUGUCUAGUCCACAACACAACUCUGGAGAGACUGUCUAGUCCACAACACAACUCUGGAGAGACUGUCUAGUCCACAACACAACUCUGGAGAGACUGUCUAGUCCACAACACAACUCUGGAGAGACUGUCUAGUCCACAACACAACUCUGGAGAGACUGUCUAGUCCACAACACAACUCUGGAGAGACUGUCUAGUCCACAACACAACUCUGGAGAGACUGUCUAGUCCACAACACAACUCUGGAGAGACUGUCUAGUCCACAACACAACUCUGGAGGGACUGUCUAGUCCACAACACAACUCUGGAGAGACUGUCUAGUCCACAACACAAC